UUUCAACAAAAAUAAAGUAAAAUUCAAAGACAUAGAAAAUAUCCUUAAACUUGAUUAAUUAGUGCCUGAGAUUAGGAAUCUCUAAACACUGUAACGUACAGAAACUAAACUGGAAAAUAAAAUACUGAAAUUUAAAGUGGUGAUCCCCAAAUCUGACUUUGCUUUGUUGAAGUUGAUUGAAGAUGCCUUGCCAAAUGAUGAUCCAAAUCCUUAAAUAUUCCCUGGGAAACCGUACUGAAAACCGUCACCCGAACGGUUACAACGUCUCCUUCUCAACCGUCUUCCAACCUUUCUUAUGCUGACACGUGUCCCCAGCAGACCAAAAAUCCCUAUAUUUCACUCCUUGAGCCAACUACAGACCUUCCGCUCUUUUGGCCCGACUUCGUCCUUCGUCCGACCUACUUCUUCGCCCGACCCCACUUGGGCCGACCUCCAUAUCAACCGCCCCCUAUAUUUGAUCAAAGGCCUCCGUGUUUGUCCGACUCCUCCUUCUAUCCGACCUACAGUUUACCCGACCUGCGGAUAUCCCAUCUCAACGACUUUCUGUCUCGAGGAUCUCCCGACUUGAAAACCUUCCGACUUGAGGUCUUUCCGUCUUGCGGACCUCCCGACCUGAAGACCUUCCGACUUGAGGUCUUUCCGUCUUGCGGACCUCCCGACCUGAAGACCUUCCGACUUGAGGUCUUUCAUCUUGAGGGCCUCCCGACCUGAAGACCUUCCGACUUGAGGUCUUCCCGUCUGGCGGACCUCCCGACCUGAAAACCUUCCGACCUGAGGUCUUUCCGUCCUGAGGACCUACCGACCUGAGGUCCUUCCGUCCUGUAUUUUCCUUAGAAAUAAAUAAAUAAAUUUAUUUUCCUUGAUUUCCUCACGGUGUCCUUCAGCCAGUUCAAUCAACCCUAUUGUCAGGCCCAUUCUUCUUUUUACCUUGGGCUUUUAACCUAAUUCUAAAUUUCGUACGUAACAACUUGCCCGCCGCCAAGGGACUUUCAAACGCCAUUUAGCAAUCAAUGUUUGGAAGUUCAUAAAUCACUACCCUCUUGAAAAACUCCCUUAGCAACUGCACCAGUUACUGCAACACUCCUGAUAAACUUCCUUCUUCGCAAUACAAGCCUGUGUGAAUCACAAUCCCAAAACAUUCUAACUAUGGCGAAUCAAUACAUGCCUGCCCUUCCUUUCGACGGAACCCUUCCAGAAGGUCCAUUUUCAGCUUCGAAAGUACUAACUCCGACGAUCCGUCCAUAUUGCACUACUCCUGAAGAUUCAAAUCGGAUGAGGGAAGUUUUGGAAUCUCGCAACCCCUUGGCUAUCAACAAUCCCAACUACCAAGCAGUUCGCAUCCGGGACAGCAUCAAGACCCAUCUCACAGACCCAAAAGAUCUGUAUCGCGCUUGGUAUCGACGAGUAGCAGAACACUUCCAGACCCAAUGGCGUUCCCAAAAAAUCGACCAAGCAAUAUUGCUGUCCACCAUGCCUAUCAACCUGCAUGAGAAGGUGUUGUUGGCCAUGUCUGCCUUCUGGAAUGCGGAAAAUGGGACUUUCCUCUUCCCAUCAGGCCCCUUUGGCCCAACUCUUAUGGACGUGGCCAUGAUCGCACAUCUCCCAAUCGUGGGUGAAGACCCUGUAAUGGGAGCCCUAGAUGGGCAGGAGCCAUCAGAAGACCAUCCGGGAUGGUCCUUACAAAGUGUGAAGGAAUGGGGUUGGACAAAGUUCGCAACCGACCAGCAAGGGGCUCCAGGGACUCCUGUAACCGACCGGGAGCAUACUGCCUUUAUUCUGUUCUGGCUUUGUAGGUACAUCAUUGUUUCUCCUUCCAAAAGUGUUCUUCCUUCCCACCUCGACCUGGCCAUUCAUAUUGCGUCAGGUCGGUUCUUCUCCCUUGGUACUCUAUUUUUAGCCAAUCUGUUCGAAGGACUCACCAGGGUUAGCCUUCGUUUAACAGAUAACGAUAAUAGGAAAUUAGACACUGCCGCGUCGGGUCCUUUUUGGUUUUUAGAACUUUGGUCCCGUCUUUACUUUCCCAACGCGUUUAACUUAGGAUCUCCGCCCACUAUGCCAACGUCUGAAAAACAUUUAGGAUUAGUCCUCAACCGACUCUGCUCAGGACGCAAUAAACUCCAAUCAUCCGACCCAAUAAUAACUGCCAUUUUAACAGAUACCCGCAGUAACUCUCGAUUUUCUAUGUAUAAAAAAUAUGCGGGUUAUGCUCCCGACCAUUUUUGGCCCUUUCCAGUACCAAACCCACUUCCGACUCCUGAGCCUUGUCCUCAUCCCACCUAUCCUUUCGCCUGGGACGUCGCCCUCAAACCCAGGUCUCUUUUUAGUAGCAAGAAACUUGAUAAAAAAGGGCAGAAAACUUUUUACACUUUUAACUAUGAACCUCAAUUCAUGGCGCGCCAGUUCGGCUGUUGCCAAGGUAUCCCUGGACCCGUCGCGUGUCCCCAAAUAAUUUUUCAAAGCCCCGACCGACGAGUCCUUCCUAAUUCAAUCCCUUCUUAUAUCUCCCAGCUCACCACGUAUAUAAUUUCCAAUUCUUAUAUUCCUUUCCGCUCCAACCCUGAGAUCGUAGAUACUUUCAAUGAAUGGUGGUCGGUCGUAUGGUCCCUGAUAUCCCCUGAUGAGAGUCGGUUGCUGAACGUCCUCCUCCCUCCCCAAGGACUGGUUCUAGGGACGGCGAUACAUACUAGCACCCAAAAACAUACAACCGCCCCGGGAAUCGGAUCUGGUGGUCCCACGCGCAAAAGAAAAACUUCCCAAUUGCAAACACCCCCGACCUCGGAGACCGACCAACAAACACUAGCAGACCUUGGAAUAAAUAGGACGUCAGCAAGGACCCGACCCCGAAUUGAACCGACCUUGGUGACACCGACCAAGCAACCGACGCCAGCACCAACCGACCAUUCAAUCGGGCCUUUGGUCCAGACCAAUUUGCCAAUGAGCAAUCGGGCGGAGGACCCGACGCGGAGGCAAACUCUUCCUCCCGCACCGAGGAGUGGUCGGGCCAGGCCCCCGACCAGGAGACAAUCUUUACCAGCAGUACCUACAGAAACAGUAAGUUCUCUCACCAGCACUCCUUAGUAUUCUAAUGAUCAACCUUGAUAUAGUUAACAACAAACAUCUUCAUG